AUGUCGAAAUUCCCAUUCGGCAAACCAUCAUUCCCCUUCGUAACCCUCGACGUCUUCACCACCACUCCCUUCGCCGGCAACCAACUAGCCAUCGUCGUAAUCCCACCAGACCAACAUGACACCCUCACCACCGCGCAAAUGCAAGCCGUGACGCGCGAAUUCAACUUCUCCGAAACCGUCUUUCUCUUCCAGCGUGCCUCGCACGCCGCCACCGACGUGCCGGAAUGGCGCAUCCGCAUCUUCUUCCCUAAGCAUGAACUCGCCUUCGCCGGCCACCCGACUAUCGGCACCGCCGUCUACGCUUUGGGGACGCUCAUGCAGGGCGCGAACAAAGGGCGUCUGCUUUGCCCUGCUGGACCGAUUGAGCUUGAGUAUUUUCCCUCGGAGCAGAGGGCGCGAGCUAGCAUUCCGCAUAACUUCCAUCGGCAUACUGAGGCCGACUUUACGCGGGAGCAAGUUUAUGCUUUGCAGCCGAAGCUGAAGGAUGCCGGGGUGGAAUUCAAGGAUGUCAAUGUGCUAAGUUCCGUGAAAGGGAUGAAUAUUGUUGCAGUGGAGCUGGCCGAUCGGGAGGCCCUCGCGCAGGUGUACAUAUCUGGAAUCCCUGCGAGGCCGAAGCUGGACAGCGACUGGGAUGUUGGAUUUGGCGCCGCUUACUACUAUGUUUUCAUUGAUCGUGGAGGAACGGGUCGACCUACGGUAAUACGCACGCGGAUGAUGGAGGGGACGCUUGAGGAUCCGGCCACCGGGUCAGCCGCGUGCGCUCUCAGCUGUUUUCUCGCGUUGGAGAUGAGGCAAGGUGGCCAGACGGAGUUUCAAAUCACACAGGGAGUGGAAAUGGAGCGACAGAGCGAAAUCAACGUCCGCGUGACGUUAGGUGAUGGAGGCAAGGGCAACAUCGAGAAGGUGGAAUUGGGCGGUUGCGCUGUGCAAGUGACAGAAGGCAAGAUUCGUUUAUGA